CAGUUGUCAGUUGUAGUUUGCGCCACGCAAGAGAGCAAGAGAGAGGACAAAGCGACUCAGCCAUAUUCUUCUACGGAACGCACGGAACAAGGUGGUUACGGAAGCUUGGCCACAACACUCCAGGCUACCCCCUACGCAUCCUGCCCUUCUGAAACGUCCGGAGCACCAUUUAAAGAAUCUCUUCUUCUGAUCCCGUAGCCAUUCGAUCGCCCGUCGGUGACUGACGAGUGAGGUUAUGUGGGUUGUGACACCAACACUACGGGACUGAACCAGCAUCGGUAGCGCCGCCACAAAGGAGCAAAAAUGGGGUGCUGAAGAGGUCAGAGUCGGCCCCGUCAUCUUCAGACAAAUCAUCGGGGUCCAAUCCAGCCACAUUAAGGUCGUUGGCCCAAAUGGAGCACGCUGCGCGCGGGGGAUCCGGAGAGAUCUACCCGGAGCCCGACACGGAGAAGACCAUCAUGGGCUCGGUCGUGUACUGCAUCCACCACAAGGACGGCUGCAAGUGGAGCGACGAGCUGAGAAAGCUAAAGGCUCACCUCAACGUGUGCAAGCAUGACACGGCCGCCUGCAGCAACGGGUGCGGCGCGCAGAUCCCGCGCGUCCUCAUGGAGGACCACCUCAAGUACACGUGCCCGGAGCGGCGGACGCGCUGCGAGUUCUGCGGCCAGGACUUCACCGGACACACGCUCGAGAACCACGCGGGCAGCUGCGGCUACGAGCCCCUGUACUGCGAGAACAAGUGCGGCCUCAAGGUGCAGCGGCGCCACCUCAGCCCCCACAAGUCCAACGACUGCGCCAAGAGGCUCGUCGGCUGCCGGUACUGCAGCAAGGAGUUCGUCGCCGACACGCUCCCCACCCACGUCACCAAGUGCGGCCGCGUGCCCGUCACCUGCCCCAACCACUGCGAGGCCGGGCUGCUCGCCCGCGAGGACCUCGACGGCCACCUCAAGGACCACUGCCCCUCGCUCCUCGUGCCCUGCUCCUUCCGAGAGGCCGGCUGCAGGUUCAAGGGUCUACGACACUCGUUGGACAAACACCUGGAUGAAAGCACCAAGUCCCAUUUAAAUCUCAUGUGCACAGUCGUGAACAAACAGCAGCACCAGAUCACAUCAUUGAAAAGUGCAUUGCAACGCCUGUCCCUCAACCAAACUGGAACCUUAGUUUGGAAAAUUUCAGACUACACUUUAAAAAUGUCAGAGGCUAAAACCAAAGAAGGCAUGGAGCUAGUCAGCCCGCCCUUCUAUACCAGCCAAUAUGGCUACAAACUACAAGCCUCAGUAUUUCUGAAUGGGAAUGGAGCUGGGGAGGGAACUCACAUGUCUGUCUACAUUAAAAUUUUGCCUGGAGAAUAUGAUGCAUUACUACGUUGGCCCUUUGCCCAUUCAGUGUCUUUCACAUUAUUUGACCAGUCCAGUGUACCUGAAAAGGCUUGCAAUAUUGUGGAGAGUUUUAUUCCGGACCCAACAUGGAAAAAUUUCCAAAGACCAAGCAAGGAGCCAGAUUCCCUUGGGUUUGGAUUUCCUCGGUUUGCUUCUCAUGAAGUUCUGAAGAAACGCCAUUUCAUCAAAGACAACACUAUUUUCUUGAGAGUCAAAGUGGAUCCCAGCAAAAUUGUAGCUGUCUAGUCAUUGCCCACUGACUGUUAAUUAAAGAAGACCAUAAAUGUGAUUCUAAGAAUCCAGCUAUCACCAAUGAUUUCCGUCUUUUGCAUUAAUGCAAUAAGUGGAUUAUUUCUGGUCAUGACUCUUAAACAUUGGUCUAUUUUCUGUUCAUUUUGUCUCUUAGUAUCAUUGUAGUGCUAAGGACAAUAUCAGAUUAUUUCUUGGAAUCUUCUAAGAAAUGAGAUAUUUUGGCUUUCUGCUUGUGUAUGAAAUUUGUGAUUUGUUACAUGUAUUUGUACAGUACUCGAAUAUGUUUAAGAAUCCUCUCAGAUCACGAAUGAAUCUGUCAGUGUAAAAUUUGUAAAUUUGUUUAAUGUAUAUACUUAAAUGACUGCAGAUAUUGUACAAAUAAUUCUGCUCAAAUUGAAGUCCGUAUGUUCCCAUGUCAUCAGAUUAUUUUUGAUGAGGUUGAAUGCCUAGAUUUCUGUAUUUUCUUUAUAUUUACAUCUGUUUACAGAAGUCUUUUAUAAGGAUUAUAAGUGGCAUCUACUUCCCCUUAAUCUGUAUGCAUUGUGGUUUCAUACUAUUUCAAGUACAGCCAAAGAUAAAUGUAACUAUUCAAUCAAAAUAUCUCACGCCUCAGUUUAUUAUAAUUAUAAUGUGAUUUUUUUGUAAUAAGUACUAGUGUUAAGUAUUGUUUAACUGCAGUAAUGAAAAUAUUAUUUAGCAUGGUAGCUGGAGUAAUGCCAAAGGUUGUUUUCAAGAGAUCAUCCAAGUAGACUUCUUUUAGAUAGUAGUAAAAUUUACACGUCUUUCACACCAAUAUCCAAGUCAGUAGAAUAAGUUGAAUUAAGUGAUUGUUGCAAUACAAGUAGGUUUCCUUGUCGCCCUAAUUAAAUGUAAACUGCAGUAUUUCUCAUAAAGCAAAGGUUUUGUGUAGAUUAUUAGAAUUUUGACUAAGAUGCAUUAAAUUGCCCUCCAAAAACUAUGAAAGCAAA